GUCUGCAAUUUUCCCGCGUCAAUUAAAUUCCGCCACAGUUGAAAACACAAACAAAAUAUAUCGUAACAAUGCCAGUAGAAGUGGAAACCCAAGUGGAAUCUGUUGAGCCAGAGAGCAAAAGGUUGUGCAAAAUGCCGUUGGAUUCAGUUAUGUUACGGUUCGCAAAACUGACAUCUAAAGCUUUUACACCUACACGUGGUUCUAAAUUGGCUGCUGGCUAUGAUUUGUACAGUGCCUAUGAUGUGGCCAUACCACCAAAGGGAAAAGCCCUUGUUAAAACAGACAUACAGAUUGGCUUGCCAGAUGGUUGCUACGGAAGAGUUGCACCGAGGUCUGGACUGGCACACAAGCACUUCAUUGAUGUGGGAGCUGGUGUGAUAGACCAGGAUUACCGUGGCAAUGUAGGAGUGGUCAUGUUCAACUUCGGGGAGGCAGAAUUUGAAGUUAAAGCUGGCGAUAGAAUUGCUCAACUGAUAUGUGAGAAGAUAUUCCUACCUGAGCUACAGGAAGAAAAGAGUCUAGAUGACACUGAACGUGGAGAUGGUGGGUUUGGAUCCACAGGGAAGAAUUGAAGCUCGAGUUGCCUGGUAAAAGAAAACAAUGUGCUGCUUAGAGUUACUAUUGACUUGAGACAUCUGAAGUAAAGGAAGGAAUAACAAAAUGUCUGAAGGCCAAGUUGUUGAUUGGAAGAAAGUGCUGUUGUUAUAUAAAGAAAAUGCAUUAGAAAUUGAACUUUCCUUCAAGAAAAAAAAAGUUUAGGCAGUGCAAUGACAGAUUUGAUAACUCUUGUUUACAAAAAUAAGUUGCAUUUGAAAAGUAAGGGUAUUGAUAUAUUAGAUCUAUAAACUGUGCUUAACAACAGAGCCCAAAAAAGUGAAUCCAUUGAAGGAAGAGUAUGUAUAUUGUAGCAUAAAACUGCUGUUAUUGUCGCUAUUCAGGGAGUGUUUUAACAGGAGAAAACGUGUGUUAACAGAGAGAUUCUCACUUGCUGUUAUAACGACUUUUUAUAUAUGCACGUUCCGUGGCAAAGCGUAAAUGUAUUACGGCCCUAAAACGAAUAAUUCAAAAAGAAAUGAUGUAAAGGUUUUUAUCAAGGAAUAUCUGAAAAAUGAAAUGUAAUAAUAUAUUACAAAGGUACAAAGAUUGAAAUAUGAGCAGCGCCAUGAGAUAACCAACAUAGUGGCUUUGCGACCAGAAUAGAUCCAGACCAGCCUGCGCAUCCACGCAGUCUGGUCAGGAUCCAUGCUGUUCGCUAACAGUUUCUCUAAUUGCAAUAGGCUUUGAAAGCGAACAGCAUGGAUCCUGACCAGACUGCGCAGAUGCGCAGGCUGGUCGGAAAGCUACUAUGUUGGUUUUCCCAUGGCGUGGCUCAUACAUGUAUAUAGAAAUUGAGUUUGGGCUCAGUGUUACAAAAUUCAGUUUUUUUGAGACCAUUCUCUAAUUCUGCAAUCAGAUUGGUUGUUUUGGAGAUUUAAUUUGAAGUAUGAAGUCAAAAACUUGUGUUCAAACUUCGAUUAAAACCUAGCAAACUGUGACAGUUUUACUUCUAUCAGAAGACACAGCUAUCUUGUUAUAUUUUCAAAGUUUGUCAAGUUACAUUUGUAUCUCUAUAGCUAAAUAUUAUUUUCCUGGUGACAUAGGUGAAAAGAAUUAGUAAAUAGUAAAAUAAAUAUUAUAUAAACAUAUAUAAACAACAGUUGACGUGUGGACUUACUAAGAGAGCAUUAUGACGUCCAAUAAAUUUCUCCUCAUGUAAAUGAAGUCCAGCAUAAUAUUUAUUAAAAUAUGUCAGUGAGCAUGUCAGAAUGAAAAAAAAAACAAUUAAGGCCUUCUUAUGAUUUAUCAUCUAAUUUACCACUGUUCAUCGUUUAGAUGCUUCCAUAGGUUCCUUCGCAUCUCAACUCUGAAUGUGGUAAAUUAGACGAUACUCGUAGGCCUCAAGUGAUUAUUUGUUAAGUUAAUACACAUAUUUUCCUGGCAUUGUGAUUUGUAUAGAUUAAAAUGUAAGCAAAAGAACAAUUUGAAGGUAUUACAAAUUAUGCCAAAUAGUAUACAUUGAACAAAUUUGACAAAAUAGACUUAAACAUUUUCUUCAAGCUUGUGACAUUACAGUUUUCCUGUAUUUUACCAGUUGUUGCCUUGUCUGAUACCAUUGUUCAUCAGUGUUUUAUCAUUAUCAUCAUGUAUUUUGCGUCUGGACUUCUGUAAUGAUAAUUGUUUGCUAAGAUUCAAAACUUUGUUGCCAGACUGUCUUUUUUUUUUUUUUCAUGUAAUAAUGUUUCAAGUGCUAUAUCUCAAUAUUGUGUUCUUCCCUCUUUUGGGGUUAAAAGAUACCACUAAUUGUGUUCAAACUUUUGUACAUAGAAUAUUUUGUUUUUGUUGUUGUAUAUAUAUAUAUUUGAAAAAUACUGUACUGCCGAGAUCUGAAUAUUUCUCAGGACAUACUGUGUUCAUAUUUGGUAGCUUAGUCUUGUUAGAUUCUUUAUAUAAUUGUUUAGUAAUUGUACAGAAAAAAAAAAUUCAUGCAUUUUCAAUAGACUUUCAUAGUGAAUGAGUGAGUUGGGUUUUACGGCGAAUUGAUGCAAAAUUUCAUAGAGUCAUAAAUAUAAAUGUGUGAGACAUCAGCCUGUAAUGAAUGACAGGGGUCCAUUGACACUUUUGGACACUCUUGUUUUAUUUCAUAAAAAUUUGCCUUGCUUUUCUCUAUCAAAUGCCAAAAAAGAAAAAAGAACAAAUACAAAACUAUUAUUUGGUGAAUUUCUAGGAUUAACAGAAAAUAUUUGACAUGUGUUUGUUAUGACACCCUUCUGAAAAGAACAGUCUGGCUAUAAAUUUGUCAUGGUAUUUCUGGACCAUCAUCUUAACAUAUGAGUUCCUGAAUGUAGUAAUUGUUACAGGUAAGACAAGGCUCUUGAGGGAGUGUAUAAGGGAGUUGUAUUGCUCGAAUGUAAAAAUGAUCCUCUGUCUGAAACUUUUGUUACUGAAGUUUCAAUUUCAGCAUAAAAUUAUAUCAUUAUUUAAAAUCACAUAUUUGCACUCUUAUCUGUAGAAAAGUUGACAAAAAUGACUACUGUUCACUGCCUACGUAUGCUUUCAUAUUAAAAUGCUUGUAUUAAAUGUGUAAUCACAAACAUUAUAGCAUGUCUCUCUUGUAUGUAGUUUUUACAAAGUUUUCUGAUUAAUACAUCGAGGGGUGAAUGCGAAAGAGUUCUAAGUGCAUAUAAAUAAAGAAGCACUUAGAACAUUUUCGCAUUCACCCCUCGACAUGUACUCUGUAUAAUCACAGACAUCACAUUUAUUCUCUACUGUAUGUAAACAUGUUUUCUGGUCAGUGCAGAGUACUACAUAAAUGAUCAGUUGUAUCGAAUUUUUCUUGUAUGUAGUCUCACACACACAAACAUCACAUAAAGCAGUUCUCUCCUGUAUGAAUUUGAUAGUUGUGCUACAGUCGACAUUGUGUUGAACAAAAAUUGGCAUUAAAUGAUAAAAAAUGGGCAUGAAAAGAAAAUAUUUAAUGUAUACGGUUACGCCGUACCAAUCUUCAUUGCAUGUUCAGUUGAGUUAAGUAUUCUUUUCAUUGUAAUAUUAGGGGUGUAACGAUACAAUAUAUAUCUGGAUACAAAUGCAGCGAUGCUGUCCAUAUCACGAUACAAAUUGUGUACCAUAAGUAAGCAUUCAGUGAUUCAUGUGACAAACUGAAAUGCUCCAAGGCUUGGAAGGUACUUGGAAGUUUGCUUUAAAGUUGAAACUGAUACAUUUGUUUAGUUACUGUCUUUAACACAUGAUUGUAUGAAAGUUUUCAUUCAAUGUUUCUACUUUUCACUGUAUUGUGAAACAGGCCUAUGAUACAAUAUGCAUAUCACCAGAUUAAUGUAUCGUGAGACAGUGAUUUUCGGUAUAUGGUUAACACCUAUGUGUAAUAUACUAGUUUAGUGUAGUAUGUUGAUGACUUGACUCCUGUUAUAUACAAUAAAAUCUGGAAAAUAGAUCCCUCGGAAGCACUAAGAACAAGGCAAACAGUGAAAAUUGCAGACUCUGUUUGAUUGAGUCUGUGCAUGAGCAGAACGUUUUGCUCGUUACGUUAAUAUUUUUAAGCAAAUUGUCUGGUUUUAGAUGUCAUAACUUAAAUAACACUAUUUUUAUUUUCUGAUGACAUGCAUAAUUUAAGGACUUACCCCAAAUUGUUAACCAAGCCAGUGUCAAACUGCAACAUCUGCACACUGACUUGAGAGAAACUAUGUUGCUCAAAGUUUAUACCUCAUAAUUAUUUUUGAAUGUCAAGGUAAAGAUUUUUACAUGUGUAUGAAUAUAAUGUAAUUAUGAAUAUGAGGAAUUUCAACAAUGUUCAUAAAAACAUACCUUAGAAAGUUCAAAUUGACAAAUUCUAAAACUUCUGUAGCACCCAUUUGUUUUCCAUAUAAAGAGACCUCGCUCAUGUGUCAAAUGCAGUAGGCGGGGCCUCCGUGGCCGAGUGGUUAAGGUUGCUGACUUCAAAUCACUUGCCCCUCAUCGAUGUGGGUUCGAGCCUCACUUGGGCCGUUGAAUUCUUCAUGUUAGGAAGCCAUCCAGCUGGCUUACGGAAGGUCGGUGGUUCUACCCAGGUGCCCGCUCGUGAUGAAAUAAUGCACGGAGGGGCACCUGAGGUCUUCCUCCACCAUCAAACCUGGAAAGUCGCCAUAUGACUAUAAUUGUGUCGGUGCGACGUUAAACCCAACAAAACAAAAUAAACAAAUGCAGUAGGCAAAAUAUUGCAGACAAUGGUACCUAUUUGAAAUUUGUGUGUAUAACUCUUCAAAUUGUAUUGCAUGGUUUAUUUUAUGUCAGAUGAAAAGGAAAAUUUCGAGUAAAAAUAUGUUAAAAUUCAAGGUUAGGUUUGAAUUGUUCAAGUAGGAUAAAUCUUGCACAAUUCCUGUUUGGGGUUUAUUUCAGCAUAAAAAUUCCUGGGUUUUUAAAGAUCCUGACACUGAAAUGGUUCAGCUAGUGUACAUGGUAAGGCAUACUGUGCUCAACACAUGUAUUUUCCAACAAUGUGUUCAAAAUGUAUACAGUGCUCGACACAUAUUUUCC